GGCUUCUGCCCAGUGCCUUUCCGCCUCUCCGCAGGCAGAAGGAAGAGCUGCUCUGAAGGAAGAGAGGAGCUCAGACUGAACGCCGUGAGAUGGUGCUUCCUCUCCAGACCCUGUCUCUCCGGGUGCCUUCAACUCCAGAGCAGCUCUCUGAGUACAUGGAGGAGCCACCUGCCUCAGAGCCAGCCUCGUGGCCCCCGCUACCCUGUGGACCCUGCAUCCCCAUCAUGCUGGCCCUGGCCUGUCUGGCGGCCCUCUUCCUCCUCACCACGUUUGUGCUGGCCGAGCGCCUAUUCCGCCGAUCUCUGCGCCCAGACCCCAGUAGCCACACACCCACCCUGGUCUGGCGCCCUGGAGGAGAGUUGUGGAUUGAGCCCACAGGCACCCCCAGAGAGCGCUCCGAGGACUGGUAUGGCUCCGCGGUCCCCCUGAUGAUGGACCAGGCCCCAGACCCUCCUACCCCCGGGGGCACCUUGGAGGCCCGAGCAACAGCCCCACCUGCCCCUUCAACUCCACACUUCCCUCCCAGGUCCUUAGUCUCUCAGCCCCUGCCCAAAGCCCCGGUCCACUGCACCUUCUGGGGGCCCCAGGCCUGGCAGGAGAGGCCCCACGCCCCAGGCCAAGUGAGCUGGGCUGAACCUGAACAGAGGCCAGAGACCAGUGUGUAUCUGGGAAGCCCCCGGGCCCAAAGGCAGAGGCUAGGAAGCCCUGAUCCUGAAUGGGGCCUCCAGCCUCGGGUCACCUUGGAUCAGAUCUCAGCUUUCUGGAGACGUGAAAGCCGGGCCAGCGUGGGUUUCUGAAUCCCUGGAGCCUGGAGGACUAGUCUCCCAGAGAGUACUGAGGAAAGCCCAACCUCCGAGGGACCUUAAGACCCUGAGGCUUCAGCCUGGGGACCCAGCUGACACCUGAGGAGCCCCAGGGAAGCAUGCCUCAGGCUUUUCACAUCUGGAUUUCAAUUCCACUGGAUCUGGGUGUGGACAGAGCCUGCUGCUGCAGAGGAAGUUCAGAGGUGCUGAGAACUGGAGGCGGGGCUGACUUAGGGCCAAGAGCCCCAGAUCACACUGCUGGUUAAGAGCUCAAGGUACCAGAUGGGCAUGGAAUAGCGUCACCACAGUGGCCUCCAGCAUGCAUCUAAGAUGCCAGGAUCAGAGGGAAGGGAUCCCAUGGAUGCUCAAGUACAAACCGAGUGCGGUGGUGGCCAGUGUCAGCAGUGCUAGCAGGAGGUGACAGGAAUCCAGCUUCCAGAGCCACAAACCUUCCCUCCAGAAAAAUGCAUCAAGAGAGGCCAAGACCAGGCAAAGGAGCAUCUUGUAUAUAUGAACUGUGACUUUGAGCCCCCACCUCACAGCAGGAAACGCAAGGAGCCAAACUGGAGAGAAGGUGCUCUGGCGUGCUGCUGGGACCCAGAGUCCAAACCAUUAGGCUCGUCUGCCUAUCCCCUGAAGGCUGACACAUCCCAGAUCUCUGAAUCUUACCCCCUGCAGGUGAGGGAGGCCUGGGCCAAGAGUUCUGAGGUUGACCCAAUGUGGAAAGGAGCGCUGUCCGAGGGCAGGGAGGCUCCCAGAACGCGCCUCUGGCCAUCUUCCCGCCCAGCUUGUUGGACUGUUUCAGGGAGACAGACUUACUUAUAAUGCUCCACCCGAGAAAUGGAGCCCCUAAAUGUCCUUGGCUCUAUAGCCAUCUGUAUCAGCUGACCUCCUCUCUGGGAAGAGGUCCAGGGGCUGGGGACAGGUGGAGUUUCCAUUCCCCAGAGGCCUGGUUUCCCAAAGUGCAGUCCCAAAGGUUAGGAUUUUUGCCAUAUCAGUUUACCACCUGUACUCUUUAUUUACUUUAUACUUUCCUUUACAUUGGUUUCCUAUUUGCUUAAUAAAUGUA